AUGUCAGAUUAUUAUCCCACUUCUGAAGAAGAAUUUGUCCAUAUUGACGAUGUUACCUCUGAAGAGAAAGAAUUUGAUUCAUCUAAUAGUAUUGAAAAUAAAGAAAAUGAUGCCAUGAUGUUACCACUACAAGAAGUUUCAUCAGAUGGCAGUUUUAGUACAAAUCGCAGUAAGAAUAAAACGUCACCUGUGUGGAAUUUUAUGAGUGAACAAAAAGAGGGAGAUAAGGUUAUUGCGAGAAUAUGUAGAAAAUGCGGACAAAAAUUUAGCCCUACAACAACUACCAGAAAUUUAGAAAAGCUCUAUGAACUUUGUGAUGCUAUGAAUAUUAGUGAUAAAGUAAUUGCUCUUACUACAGAUAAUAACUCUGUGAUGGUACUAUGUGGAAAUCUAAUAGAGCAAGAAUAG